CCCAAACUUAAAUCAUAUUGUUUUUCUACAAGUCAUUUUUUGUCGAAUCGACUUAAAAUAUAUUGACAAUUAGUCUCUAGAGCCAACAAAAACGUGUGUAAUUUCUUAGUUCGAUAAAAGGGAAUAAAAAUUAAAAAAAUUUUGUAAAGUGAAGUAUAAAUCAUGAAGAAUAUAAUAGUAGAGACCCAAAAAAUCAACAUAUUCAAAGAUUGUGAUGUUCUAGAGCCUGAGGGAUAUCAUUAUUGUUAUAAUGGUGACAAUGAUAAGUAUUAUUGUAUUGGGGGUGAAGAUGAUUAUUUCAUGUCAGUCAAUGUUCUCAACAACAAAAAAACUAUUUACAAAAAAGUGUUCAUAAAACAAGAAAAACUAACAAAAGCUGUGGGCAUUGAGUAUUGCAGUGUUACUAAAGAAUUCUUUGUUGCGUAUGAAAAUGGAGUUGUAAUAUGUAUGACUCUCAGAGAAGAUAAUAAAGUAAAAUGCGAUAAUAUUGCAGAGUUUAAUGAUGGUUUAUAUAGUAUCAAACUGAGUCCUGAUCAUGACAUUGUUGUUCUCUUGACAAAAGCUAAUGUAGCUAUCACUCUGUCAUCUAACUUUGAUAUUUUCAAUGAGACAAACCUAAACUCUUCAAAUUUUGGAAAAAAUCAGUUUAUUACAGUAGGUUGGGGUAAAAAAGAGACUCAAUUUCAUGGUUCAGAAGGUAAAGCUUCUGCUAAAGCUAAGCCAAAAUUGGUUGGAAAGAAUGACGAAGAUGUUGGCCUGCCUAAAAUAACUUGGAAAGGAGAUGGUAGUUUAUUUGCCAUAAGUUACAUAGAUCAAGAGACCAAUGCAAGAAGGUUCAAAGUUUUAGAUAGAGAAGGAGUUUUGCUUUACACUAGUGAAUUAGUUGAUUGUUUAGAGGGAACUCUGUCUUGGAAACCUUCUGGGAAUUUCAUUGCCUCAACAAGGAAGUUGCCUAACAAGCAUACAGUUGCUCUUUUUGAAAAAAAUGGACUCUUGCAUAGAGAAUUCACCUUACCUUUCACUACUAAAAACAUUCUUAUUAUUGACUUAAUUUGGUCAAGAGAUUCUGAUAUCUUAGGAGUAUGGUACAAAGAUCUUGAUACAAAUUUAAUGACUGUCCAGUUGUGGACUGAAAAAAAUUAUCACUGGUACUUGAAACAAACAAUAAUUCAUACAAAAGCAAAUCCAAUUUUAUAUGUUUCUUGGUUUCCACAAGCCAAUAGAGAUCUCAUGAUAUUAUCUACAAAAAAUAAUACAGUUUACACACUUUACUGGGUUAUCUCUUGUAGUAGAGGAAAACAAAUAUCAGAUAAUGCAGUGGUGAGUGUUAUAGAUGGGAACAAGGUUCUUGUAACAAAUUUCAGAGAUGCUGUCAUCCCUCCUCCAAUAGCUCAACAAACUAUGCAGUUUAAUAGGCCUGUGAAUGCCAUUUCUUUUGCUCCAAGUAACAGUGAAGAUUCUAAAAUAAGUUCAAAUGAUUUUUUGGCACUUUUGAGCGGCAACAAAAUAGCCUUGUGCAAACAUAUAAAUGAAUCAUGGGAUAGACAAUAUGCACACCAGAAGACCUACAACAUAGAUAUUCCAUUGCUGAAUGGAAACAAAUAUUCCAAACAUUUAAUACAACAUUUACAUUGGUAUAACUCAAAACUCGUGCUAUGUUCAAUUACAUUAGGCCUGAAAAGUUCUUUGUGUGAGCUGCAUUUGUUUGACAUUGAAGCCUUAGAUGAGAUACUCAUAGAUGCCAAAAUUAUACAUGAAAUGCCUGGUCAGAUAGAGCACAUCAUUCCAUCGUCAGAUUCGAAGAUAGCUUACAUAGUUGUCGAAGGUAAAAUUUAUUCGUACAACGAUCGCGAUGGUGUGCAAAAAAGCGACAUGCUAAUUAGUAAUGAAGGUUCAAUCCGAGCCGUUAUCAAAGUUGAAUUUGUCAAAUUCAACGAGAAAGAAGUUCUGGUGGCAUUGACGCGCAAGCAUAUUUUACAUGUAGAUGGGAACCCAGUUGCCAACAAUGUCACUUCCUUCUCCGUGCAUUCGGAGUUUUUACUAAUAACGACUUUGCAGCACACUUUACUGUGUUUCAAACUAAACGAAAUUGGCCUCAGUCAACUCUGCACCAAAGAUUUAACUAUCCAGCAUUGGAACGACGUAACAAAUGAGAUUCAACGCACCCAAGAGUUAAACGUACGUCGAGUUGAAAGAGGUUCAAUACUCAUAACAUCCGUGCCAAAAGGUACAAAAACCAUUAUUCAAAUGCCCCGUGGUAAUAUUGAGUGCAUCGAACCAAGAUCACUGUCAUUGGUGAUAAUUGCUGAUUUCAUCGACAAGCUCGACUAUUUCGGAGCUUUCGAUUUGAUGCGCAAACAGCGCAUAGACUUGAAUCUAUUGUACGAUCAUAAUCCACAAUCUUUCGUGGCGAACGUCGAGAAAUUCGUAACUGAUAUUAGCAAUUCAAACUGGAUGAGUUUAUUCUUGUCGGAGUUGAAAGAGGAGGAUGUUACUAGAACCAUUUAUGCUAGUAGUUACGAUAAUCGAAAGGCUAACGAAAAACUAAAAAAUAUUGAAGAGAUAUGCGCUGUACUGAGAGAAAUUAUGGAGAGAGACUCGGAUAAUUUUCUACAGCCAAUUCUCAUAAGCUUGGUAAAGAGCAAGAAGACUAUCGGCUUGGAGAAUGCACUAAGACGUGUUAAACAGCUUAGAUCAAAACAUGAAACUUGUUCUGGCGGCUCACCUGAGGAAGCACUCAAAUACUUGCUCUACAUGGUUGACGUGAGCGUGCUGUACGACGUGGCCUUGGGAAUGUAUGACUUCGAACUUGUAAUGCUGGUAGCUCAAAAGUCACAACGUGACCCGAAGGAAUACGUAGCACAGCUUAACGAACUACGUCAACUGGAGCCAAAUUACAUGAAAUUCAGUAUAGACUCACAACUCAAACGCUACAGCUCAGCUCUCGAGCACAUCGUCAAAAUUCCCGACAGGGAAGACGAGUGUUUAGCGUUUAUUAAAAGCCACGAGUUGUAUGGAAAAGCUCUGAGACUGUUUGACUGUAAGAGCAAGCAGUACAAGAAUGUAGCUAACGCUUAUGGACAUCAUUUGAACAGUAAAGCUAAGCAUAAGGAAGCUGGAAUAAUGUUCGUCAAGGCGCAGAAUUUUGAAGGCGCGCUGGAAGCUUUCAGACUGGCUGUCAGCUGGCAAGACGCUAUUGUCACUGCUGUCAAAAUGAAUCUCAAUUUCAUUCGACUGAACGAGUUGUACGAAGAUUUAGUGACGAGAUUACUCGAAGAGAAAAGGUACGAUGAGGCAGCAUUAAUAUUAUCGAAACGUCUUAAUCGAUUCGAAGAUGCUGUUGCCACGCUAUGUCAGGGCCGAUUAUGGCAUCAAGCCUGGGCAGAUGCUUACUGUAUGAAACGCGAAGAUCUCAUUGAAACUCACGUUAAACCGGGUAUCCUGGAUCAUGCCGAUUUCACAUUAACGCAGCUACGCCAACACAGAGAAGACUUUAAAAAGCACAAGAGCCGUUUAACAGUUCUACGUGCUCAAGCAGCAGCUCGAGAAUUGAGUAUGCAUUUUGAAUUUGACGAUAACGAUCAAAGUAACACUGCCAGAGAUAUUAGUGAUUUAAUCAGCGACACAACAAGCAUUGCCGGCUCGACUGUAACAAGAAGUUCGCAAGCUUCGCAUACCACAGGCCGUACUUACAAAUCUAGCAAGAAUCGCAGGAAACACGAAAGGAAAAUGCAGAGUAUCAAGGAGGGCAGUGUCUAUGAAGAUUUAGCACUUAUUCGAAUACUUCAUCAGCUUAUUAGUCAGGCUUACAAGCAGAAAGAUGAGGUUCGAUCUUUGUUGGAAAUGCUGCUCUAUAUUAAUAGCGACUGUGUAGCCGAAGAAUUGUAUAAAGAGAUGAAUGAGUUUCUAGAUGAAAUACGAAGAGGCAAGCAAGAGAUUUGGUUUCCAGCUGAAAUUAGAAGUCCAGAGAGUGAUCAACGAAACUCGAGUUCAAACACAAGUCGUAUUGUCAAUAGUCUAUCCGCCACUCUAAUAGAAUCAUAUUUACUUCAUCCUCCAGAAGAGAACCCUAGUAACUGGAAUCUAGAUAUUUUUUCAAUGUCUUAAAAUUGUUAUAUGGUAAUUAUGCCAAUGUUAUAAAUUUUUUUUACUGUUUAAUGAAAGUGUAAUUUUUUCAUUUUCUUUUUAUACGGAAAUUUAUAUGAAACUGAACUACUUGCAAUUUAGAUGUAUCUUACACAAUAGUCAAUAUACUUAUUGGUAUUUAAAGAAGUGUGCAUAAUGUAAACCAGAUAUACCCAUUAUUUAUUCAAUGUAUAUAUAAGAUGUGAUUUUCAAUGUUUAAUUAUAACUAUAUUAUUUAUUAAUAAUUACAAGCAGAUUAGGCAGAUAUAAAAUAUGUUGUUUGGUAUCAUCAGCAAUGUAUAUUAUCUUUUUCUAUUUCGUAAAAUCGAUAAAAUUAAAAUCUACUCAAAUGU